AUGAGACAGUUGAAAGCCAAUUAUAUGUGGAAAUUGUUGAUAGUCUUGGCCUGCCUGUUGCCUGGCUACCAGGUUCAGGCGGUCUUCCUUGAGGAAUGCAUGGGUGUGAUCAUAAAUAAAGUGACCAAUGAGAAUCAGGAAUGCAGUGAGUUUGUUCACUGUGAUGGUGAUGAUUCCUACUACUGCAAUGGGGAUUGUCGUGAGGCAGUCGAGUGUUAUACUGAUAGAGUUUCAACCCAAGCUCCUGCACCGAUUACCACUAAAAAACCCAUAGAAACCACCACGGAAAAAGCGAAACCCGAAGAGCCGCCUUUCCCUGCAAAUACAACCUCCACAACUCUAAAACCUUCUACAACUUCUUCAACUAUGGGAAUUACCUCAACAACUACACCAAUUCCAAGUGACAAUAAUGUCCAUGUGAUGUGCAAGACGAGUGGCAAGAAUGGAGUCUAUCCGUAUCCAGCAAAUAGCAAUUACUAUUAUCAAUGUAUCUCCGGUUAUCUUCUCCUCCAGCAAUGCCCACAGAAUUUUCAUUUCGAAGUCUCUCAAGGACAGUGUAUUUCCACAAAACCAUUACGUUCAGCGGGUUAA